CCCACCACCAGUUAGUGCCACAGUCUACCCCCGGACAAAAAAGGACUCGCGAGUUUUUUGUGCGGCAUUUAGAGCGUGAUAAAAUUGGUUUUAAGGAGUGAAAGACGUAUUAAUCGAUGCUUUAGGGAGUAUUUUAGCUGGUGUGCACGGAAUUUUAUCUAUUUUUUAGUUAAGUGUUGUGUUUUUCUAUCAUUGAAACAUGGAUGACAGCAGCAUCGCCAAACCCCAUGACAUAACCUCACAAAUGGUAAUCAAACCGAACGAGAAGCAGCAGUGCUUCGAGACACAUGGCAAAGAUGUGACUGUUGUGGGUUUUUCCGGAAAGCACGAUCAUGGCAGUUCAAAGGUAAAGCUGAAAAAUAUUGUUGAUUACAAAUGGGAGGUGAAAAAUUACUCGGGAAGAUUGAUAGCCAUCCAUUUGGAUGGUAAGCACAUUGCGUAUAGUAUCAAGGUGAAUAACCAUGGAACAGCAGAGGGAAUGGUGAGGGUGGUUAAUGUUCAGAGUGGUCAGAGGGCUUUGAUCAAGGGAAUGGCCAAUGAAGUUUUGGACCUUCAAUUUGCCUAUUUGGAGUCACAAAUCAUCCUGGGCUGUAUCGAUGAGGCUUCCCUCUUUAUCCAUCGCAUUGAGACACUGUCUGAGAAAUUGGCUGUGGUGCUUCUGCUGAAGAUUCAGGACACCCUUGUGGCGCACGAUAGUAAAUACGAUAAAGUGGCAUGGUGUCCGUCAGUGCCACAGAGCAAGGAUGAUGUUGAUGAAUAUGCCAGUCAGUUGCUGGUUUGGGCUAGAGGAAGUCAAUUUCAGUGCUAUAGCAUUAAUGCUGUACUGGAUGCCUAUGGGACGGGUAUCCAUGAAGCUGCUGAUAUCUCGGAUGGAAGUAUCAAGUUUCAGGAAAAUUCCAAAAUCAUCACCUACGCCAUGUUCUCGCCCGAUGGUACGACUUUGGGUGUGAGCAGUGAUGAUGGCUCCAUUGAUUUCUACCAGAUUUACCUGCAUCUCAAGGAUACUAGCCCAAGGCGUCUGCAUCACUGGAAGCCACACAAUGGCAAAGUUGUGACGAGCUUCUUCUUCCUGGAUAAUCACACGGAAUUCACCUCAAAUAAUACAUUCUGGAAGCAUGCAAUCACCGGAGCUGACAACAAUACAGAAUUCAAAGUCUGGCGAUGUGAUACCUGGACAUGUAUUCAAACUGUCACCUUCAAGUCCUCCUGCAGUGAUUUUCCGCUGAAUCUAAAGGCGGAAAUUGACAAGACAUCAUCGUACCUGAUGAUCUCAGACACGAUCAAUCGCGGUCUCUAUGCACUGCAGAUUGUCAAGACCAUCAAAGAUGACGACUCAGUAUCUGAGGAGAAUGGUGAGAAGAAGGACAAAGGAGAAGGAGGGGCAAGCAGCAAUAUCAAUUCAAUUGCCUACAUCAAAUCCAUCACGGAAUUUCCCAUGUCAUCGCCAAUUCUCAGUUUUGGGAUUGUCGAUGCAGCUCUCCGGAAGUACAAGUGUGGAGUGACAGAUGCCUACUUGAUUGACGAAAUGGAUGACUAUGAUGAGGAAAAUAAUGCCCUCUAUUGUGUGGUUAUCCAUAUGUUCCUCGUACAGCCAAAAAGUGUCCAGGAAUGUCAUGUUCUCUACCAACCCACCUUGGCCAUUGACUCCCAAAUGGGCAGUACGCUCAAUCUGCAACCUGGUGAAGUGUCCGAAGAUGAGGGUAUUAGAGAUGACGAGCAGAUUCCAGAGAAGGAAUUCAAAUCGAUCAUCUCACCAAAACCAACAAAUUCUCUCAAUCUCAGUGGUGGAUUUGGUCAGAAGCAAUCAUCUCAGCUCAAUUUAAUGACACCGGAUUCCUUCCAUUCGCCCGGAAAGAAGGACAAUGUGCCUGAUGGUGUGAGUGAAGUUGUAAUGUCAGCCAUUCGAAUGCUAGCAGCUUCAACGACAUCACCUGACCAGAAAAAUCUCCUAGCACUCGUGAAUAGUGAAGAAGUACCACGAACCCAUUCAUUCCUCCGUGAUUUACCAGCACCACCGACAGAAAUUCUGGCCAGUGGUGGUUCCAGUCCAAGUCGAGAGGUUGAAAAAAUUCUGUCACUCAACAAGGAAGACUGCCUUAGUCAGUACUUUGAUGAUGCCGAUGCUGGAGACGAAGAGGCGGAGGACAAUGCAGUGGCAUCGCAAACACACCAAGAUGAGACAAAAAAUGACUGGCCUAAAGUGCCAAAUGUUCAGCAUAUUUCACAAAUGCCCACAGAAAUUCUCACAGAUACCAAUACAACAGCCAGGAAUAUUGAGAAGAAACUGGACAGGAUGAUGCAAUUGAUGUAUCAGCAAAAGAAUAAAAUUGAGCAACUUGAAGGGGAAUUGCAGCAUCUCAAGAAGAAUCAGAUAAAUGGCGAUGGAAUUGACUAUAAAAUGUUAUCGGAGAAUCUCGAAGGGAAUAUGCAGCAAUUGCUAGAAAACUACCUACAGAGAGUGGAUAGGCAGCAUUCGGUGAAAAUUGAGAGUCUUUUGGCUGAGAGAGCUAGUGAAAUUCGUGAAAUACGUGAAGCACUUCUGCACUCCUUCAAUCAGGCCUUCGUCAAUCAGAUCACAGAGAAGCUAAGUGCAAUCCUUCUGGUUGAACUGAAGCAUCAACUAAUGCCAGUACUUUCCAACAAAGCUGAAUCCUUAGUGAUGGAGAUUGGACAGAAGAGUGAUCAUCUUUUGCGGGAGACAAUUUCAAAAGUUUGCACUAGUAAACAAAUUGUGGAUUCCUUUGCAAAUGCCACCCUAAGGGGUGUUCAGGGUAUCUUCCAGACCACAUUUACCGAGACACUCACAAAAACACUCAUUCCGGCCUUCGAGAGAGCCACACAGGAAAUGUUCCGUCAGAUCAAUAGCACCUUCACAGUUGGUAUUACCAAAUUUGUGCGUCAGCUGGAGAUUUACAUGAUGCAACAGCAACCGAUUCAGGAGAAGAGUGAUGAGACCAAUAAACUCGUUAAGGGACUUCCGGAACAACUCAAAGUGGCUAAUUACAAAAUGAUCAACAGCUGCACUGCACAGAUUAUUCAGGACCUCAAUAAGGACUUCAAAUCGCUGCAGAUGAACCUGCUAAAAACCAUCAAGGAGUGCAUAAAAAAUGAGAUGCAAAAGAGUUUUGAGACACAGGCAGCUAACCUAGAGGAUUCAGUGCUGUCUGUGGUGAGAUCCCAAACACAGACUCCGAGUAUUUUCGAUGUUCAGGAGAAAAUUAAGAUACUCCUGGGUCAGGGAUCGAUAAACAAAGCCUUCCAUCAGGCUUUAAUUGCCAAUGAUCUGACCUUGGUGGAAUUUGUGAUCGACAAGGCGGACUACAAGACUGUCUUCAAUCCCUGCCCGUUGGAACAGACUGUACUUCUGUCGCUCAUCCAGCAAAUUACAGCAGAUAUGAGUAGCUACAAUGACGUCAAGCACAAGUAUCUGUCGGAGGCUGUUAUGAAUUUGAACCUGAAGGAUAUCAUAACCAAGGAACAUGCUCCGAGUGUCAUGAGGGAAUUACAUCAAAAUUGCCAGACCUACAUUGCUGCCAAUCCCAACAGUCAUCUCUGUGCUGGUCUCAGGAUGCUCCUAAUGGCCAUUCAGGGAUUGGGAUUCAAGAUAGCCUGAUUUUAAUUUACUCCAACUCCAUUAUAAUCCAUGUUUCGCUUCGAUUGCAUAAAAAUAUGUACCAUUUUUUACACUACACACUUUUAUGGAGUCCAAAUUUAGGCAGAAAAGAACAAAAACAAAUAAAAAAUUGAAAAUCUUUUCAAAAUUA